AUGACCAAUAUGAGGAGAAUUUCAAUUAGGGUCUUCUAUGAGCUCUCGGAGCUGAAUCCCAUAUCCCCACAAGUAGAGACUGAAAGUUCACCCGAGGAUGCAGUCUUCUCAGUCUGGGGGGAGUCUGGAUCCGAAUCCAAGUAUGCUUCUGGCGAAGAUAAUGACAUGCUCCAGUCGCCAUUCCCAACGCAGACGAUGGCCACCGGAGGCAAGAAAAAAUAUCGUCAGAAAAUUGUUGCCGAAAAUGCCAAGUCGAAGACGGAGAUCAACAUCCAGCAAGAUGAGGAGGCCACCGAGACGGCGGCAAACAGCGAAAGCAAGGACAAAGGCAUUCCUGAUACAGCCGCCAACACCGUCAAGAAUAAGAUGAAGAUAACCAAAGACGCCGUAGUCGCCGCAGCAAAACCUUAUACUGGUUCCUUAAUCGUCCCGUACAGAGCUUUCGCCGAUAAAACCGCCAACUCGCCAUGUCCUCUAGAAGACUCUUCGUCCUGUUUACCAUUCAUACAUCACGUAUUGGGGUCCUGGUCGAAGACCCCAUCAUCUGUGCAACUCAACAAUUUUUCUGUCUUCUGA